UCGUCGUAUGGUUUCACUUUCCUUGUGAAGCAGGAAGAAAGCUGGAAACACGACUGACGCGAACAACUAGAUAUCCCAUCGGGCGAUUAAAAGUUACCAAUAACUACACUGUGAGUCAGUACAAGUCAGCUGUCUCCAAAAAAUCUCUGUAAAGUGUGACGCGAUACACUGUUGAGCUUAAUCUCCUCCGCCAUGGACUCUGACAAUAUGCCCGCAGCAAAGGAGGAAGAGCGUGAUGAAGGAUGCAUGUCAGGGACUGCUGACUCGGCUGCAUCCUCUACAGAGGUAAAAAAGCCCCUGAGGAUCAUGCUUCUUGGGAAGAGCGGAGCAGGCAAGAGCUCGAGUGGGAACACCAUGCUGGGAAAAAAGGCGUUUAAAUCAGACAUGAGUCUGACGAGAGUCACCCAGUACUGUGAAAUGGGGAUUGGAAAAGUUGGGGAUGUGCACAUCGAUGUUAUUGACACUCCAGGGUUUUUUGAGACGGACCGCAAGAAGGAUGAAAUAGUUCGAGAAAUUCUGCAGUCUGUCAAACUUCAGGAGCCGGGGCCUCAUGUCUUUGUGUUAGUGAUCCCUGUUGGAAGGAUGACUCAGGAAGAUGAAGAUACCAACAGCCUGAUUGAAAGCAAAUUUGGCCCAAGAGUGUGGGACUACACCAUUGUGCUGUUCACUCAUGGGGAUCGUUUGGAGGGAAAAACGAUUAACGACGUCAUCACUGAGAGCGAAGAAAACCUCCGCAACUUCAUACGCAAGUGUAGCGGUGGCUUCCAUGUCUUCAACAACAAUGAACCGGAGGAACAAGAGCAGGUGACAAGCUUUAUUGCAAAGAUCCAGACUCUGGUGGCCCUGAAUGCAGGGGGACAUUACGAGACAAAGCUGUACCCUAAAAAGGAGAAGGAGAUCAGGGAAAGACAGGAGAGUAUCCUGAAAGAGAGAGAUGAGGAGAUCAGGCGCAAGGAGAGACAGCUGCAGGAGAGAUUCCAGGGGGAAGAACUGAAGACGGAGAAGAGGAAGGUGUGGAGAGCAGAGGAGAAAAAGGCAAGACUGGCUGCAGAGAAGUUUAACUUGAAUCUGCUAGAUGUCUUCUUGAUGUUCCUCUUUGGAGUCGUGUUGAGCGCAGUGAUAGGUUGGGCUGCAGUACCAGUGACGAUGAUCUUCGUGUUUAUUUAUGUAAAUGUCCUUCCAACUAUUUCAGAAAAAAUACCAUGGAUGUCUAGCAAGAAAACUCAGUAGAUAUGUGUUGAGAUAGUGAUGCAUUAUUAGUAAUUAGUCAUGUAUUCCUCAAGUCUAUAAUAGAUAAUAGUUAAUUUGUUUGGAAAAUGUUUGUUUUAAACCUGUCAAAAGUUUGUAGCUUUGCUCUGAUUAACAAUGAAUCAACUCAUGUAACAAAACAGUAAAAAAAAUAUUACUGAGAUACACUGUGCUUUGAAAUGGAGUUUAAUACCGUUUUAUGAUAAUAAGAUUUAAGAAUAAGAUUUACUCAAGCAGCUUCUUAGUAGGUCUAUGAACUAUUUUGUUAUAUUUUUGUAGCAAUUUGCAAUAAUGUGUCAGGAACUGUCACCUAUCAUAAAAGAAAGAUAAGAUAUAAAUCAGCAGCAUAUAAAAACAUAGAACCAAAAGAAAGAAAGGCAACCUUAAUGUUUACCUCUCUGAAUUGAAAUUUCUGCUCAACUAUGGCAGUGAUUUUCACAUUGGAUCGCCCCCUGGUGGCAGCUUUGGCGCAAUGACAUGCUGGGUGGACCUUGAAACAACUGAAUUUUACUGUGGGUGUUCACUAAAUUUGUAAGAUUGUGGGAGUGUCUGCAGCUCAGUUUCUCUUUCAUUUCUUAUGCAGCACAGGUAGGACACUGCUUUGAGAUUGUAUCUGUUAUUAUUAUGGUGAUUUUUGAACAACAAAUGUAAAAUCGCUUAGCUGUUUGUACUGCAGUUUUGAGAAACAAUUGCACAUAUUAAACAGACUGAAUUGAUGUACAGAUGAACAGGUGCUGUGUUUUUGAUGAUCUGUUUUCUGUAAUUAAAAUAGAUGUCAAUGAAUA